ACGCGCAGCGCGGGCACGCGGGAGGAAGCUGCUCGGCGGCGUAAAGGCGAGGUAAAGGCGAGAGGAGGUUCAACGUGACGUGACGCGACGUGACGCAAGGCGAACGCGACGUGACGGCAGGGACUGCGGACAGAAGCGGUCGUCGCCUCCCCCCCCCCCCGGAGAACGGACGUUAUUAUACUCCCCCCCCCCCCCACACACAUGACCGGGACGUCGGAGCGGUGGAUUGUGGCUCGCGUGUCCGGACGCACGACGCUGGUCUCGGGCUGACUUGUUGGCUCCGACCCGUCGGAGGGCAGCGGCGGACCGGAGGCGGCUCGGCUGGAGGAGGUUGGGAUGUCCUGAGUUCCUACUAGCGGGCCCCAGGGAGCGCCGUGCUGAUGGGACCGGCUGUGCCACCAUGAGCUUACAAGAUGGCAGCUGCAGUUACGCCAGCAGCGCCAACAUGGCCGCCGCCAGCGGCAGCAUGCGGCGGCGCCUGGAGGACCAGGAGUUCAACCUGCGCGUCUAUCCGGGCUCCCUGGCGGAGGGCACCAUCUACUGCCCAGUCAGCGCCCGCAAGAACACCACGGCGGCCGAGGCCAUUGAGUGCCUCAUCGAGCGGCUGCGCCUGGAGCGGACCAAGUGCUACGUGCUGGCUGAGGUGAAGGAGUUUGGCGGCGAGGAAUGGAUCCUCAAUCCUGGCGACUGCCCCGUGCAGCGUAUGAUGCUGUGGCCCAGGAACGCCCUAGAAAACCGCGGCGGCCUGGGUAGCGGCGACGAUUACCGCUUCCUGCUGCGGGAAAAGAACCUGGACGGAUCCAUCCACUACGGCGGCAGUCUGCAGAUGUGGCUGAGGGUGACUGAGGAGCGCCGUCAUAUGGUGGAACGGGGUUUCCUCCCACAACCUGCAGGAAGCGACCCCCCGACGGAUCUCUGCGCUCUCCCGGAACUCACGGAGCGCGCCCUUUUGGAGAGUCUGCGCGCACGUUUCCGCCAAGAGAAGAUCUACACGUACAUCGGGAGUAUUCUCAUCGUGGUCAACCCCUUCCAGUUCCUACCCAUAUACAACCCCAAGUACGUCAAACUCUACGACAACCACGCGCUGGGCAAGCUGGAGCCGCACAUCUACGCCGUGGCCGACGUGGCCUAUCACGCCAUGCUGCAGCGCCGCAAGAACCAGUGCAUCGUCAUCUCGGGCGAGAGCGGAUCUGGCAAGACGCAGAGCACCAACUUCCUCAUUCAUCACCUGACCGCCCUCAGCCAGAAGGGCUUCGCCAGCGGUGUGGAGCAGAUCAUCCUGGGGGCGGGGCCUGUGCUGGAGGCUUUUGGGAACGCCAAGACGGCCCACAACAACAACUCCAGUCGCUUUGGCAAGUUCAUUCAGGUCAACUACCAAGCCAGUGGCACUGUCAGAGGGGCCUAUGUGGAGAAGUACCUGCUGGAGAAAUCCCGGUUGGUCUACCAGGAACACAAUGAAAGGAACUACCAUGUCUUCUACUACCUGCUCGCUGGAGCCAGCGAGGAGGAGAGGACCUCUUUCCACAUGCUCAAACCUGAGGAAUACCACUACCUCAACCAGAUGACAACGAAAUCCCACAAACGCCACUGGGACUGUUACUGUGAGAGAGAGCUGCAGGACUGCUUCAGCGUGGAGGGCGAGGACCUGAAACACGACUUUGAGCGUCUUCAGCUCGCCAUGGAGAUGGUCGGCUUCCUCCCUGCCACGCGCAAACAGAUCUUCUGCCUGCUGUCGGCCAUCCUCCACCUGGGAAACAUUCGCUACAAGAAGAAGACGUACAGAGACGACUCCAUCGACAUCUGCAACCCUGAGGUCCUCCCCAUCGUCUCGGAGCUGCUGGAGGUGAAGGAGGAGAUGCUGCUGGAGGCGCUGACCACCAGGAAGACGGUGACAGUCGGCGAGAGGCUCAUCGUUCCCUACAAACUUGCAGAGGCAGGAACGGUGAGGGACUCCAUGGCCAAGUCAUUGUACAGCGCGCUCUUUGACUGGAUCGUGUUCAGAACCAAUCACGCUCUGCUCAACAACAAGGACUUGGAGGACAACUCCAAGGCCUUUUCCAUCGGCGUGUUGGACAUCUUCGGCUUCGAGGAUUACGAAAACAACAGCUUUGAGCAGUUCUGCAUCAACUUUGCCAACGAGCGACUGCAGCACUACUUCAACCAGCACAUCUUCAAACUGGAGCAGGAGGAGUACCGAGCCGAGGGCAUCACCUGGCACACCAUCGACUACAUCGACAAUAGCGGCUGCAUCAACCUCAUCAGCAAGAAACCCACUGCGCUCUUCCACCUGCUGGACGAGGAGUGCAACUUCCCUCAGGCCUCCAAUCAGACCUUGUUGGACAAGUUCAAGCGUCAGCAUGAGGGAAACACCUACAUCGAGUUCCCGGCCGUCAUGGAGCCCGCCUUCAUCAUCAGGCACUACGCCGGGAAAGUCAAGUACGGCGUCAAGGACUUCCGAGAAAAGAACACGGACCACAUGCGUCCUGACGUGGUGGCUCUGCUGAAGAGCAGCAAGAACGCCUUCAUCUGCGGCCUGAUGGGAAUCGACCCCGUGGCGACGUUCCGCUGGGCCGUGUUGCGCGCCUACUUCAGGGCCCUGGUGGCUUUCAGGGAGGCCGGCCGCAGACACACGCACACGAAGACGGGGAAUGAUGCCGCCGUCUCCUGUCCCGCCGUCAAAACCGUCGACAGCUUCAGUUUCCUGCAUCACCCGGUUCACCAGAGGAGCCUUGAGAUCCUUCAGAGGUGCAAAGAUGAGAAAUACAGCAUUACCAGGAAGAAUCCCCGCACUCCUUUGUCAGAUCUUCACGGCGCCAACACAGCGAACGACAAAGCCAGCUGGGAUGGCUGCAACGGUCGCAGUCCGAGGUCGGGCCGCCUGUCAGCAGGAAGUCCCGCCCUAGGAGAGGACGGCAUCUUCGUCAACUCGGCCAACAGCAAACUUCUGGAGCGAGCGCAAGGCAUUUUAAUGAGGAACAAAAACUGCAAGCUGAAGCCCACUCUGCCCAAGCACUUACUAGAUGUGAAGUCUCUGCGCCACCUGAGCAGCGUGACGCUCCACGACCGCAUCACCAAGUCCUUGCUUCACCUGCACAAGAAGAAGAAACCGCCCAGCAUCAGCGCACAGUUCCAGGCUUCUCUCAAUAAACUGAUGGAGACUCUCAACCAAUCAGAGCCGUACUUCGUCAAGUGCAUUCGCUCCAACGCUGAGAAGCUGCCUUUGCGAUUUAAUGACAGCUUGGUGCUCAGACAGCUUCGCUACACGGGCAUGCUGGAGACCGUCCGUAUCCGACAGUCGGGAUACAGCAUCAAGUACACCUUUCAGGAUUUUGUCUGCCACUUUCAUGUGCUGCUGCCUCGCGGUACGAGCUCCACCAAGUCAGGCAUCAGGGAGUUCUUCAGGCGGAUCCACCUCCUGCCCGCUGGGUACCAAGUAGGCAACACAACGGUGUUCCUUCGGGAGGCGGAGCGUCAGCGUCUUCAGACCCUUCUCCACCAGGAAGUGCUGAGGCGCAUUGUCAUGCUUCAGCGCCGCUUUAGGGCGGUCUUGGAGAGGAGGCACUUUGUCGGAAUGAGGCUGGCUUCGUGCGUCAUCCAGCGGUGGUGGCGCUGCUGCCUUCUUAGGCAGUCCGCCUUGGACCUGAUGGUGGAGGAGCAAGCGGCCGUGUGCCUGCAGGCGGCCUGGAGGUGCUGCAGGCAGCGCCGGGUGUUCCUGCGGUGGCAGCAUGCGGCGACCGUGAUCCAGAGGAGCUGGAGGAUCUGCUGCCAUCGGAGGACCACGGCCGUCAUCACGGUCCAGACGGCCUGGAGGGGGUUCACGAGGAGGAGACGCUACCGUGCGAUACGCAGGACUGUGGCACGGCUGCAGGCGGUGGCGAGAGGAUACUUGGCCCGGCUCAGGUUCCAAGAACUGAAGGAGCAAACCUCCAUUAUUCAUGACCUCACCUCAUCAGAACAGGAAAGAGGGCAGAUUCUCCCGGGAGAACCGACAGAAGAUUCUGCACUUUUUGCCGUCGAUGUUGGCAAAGACUCAGAUCCGAGCUGGGGUAUCGACGAGGCCAGUCACAAGACCCGAUCCAAGAGAGAGAGCAGGCGAAUGAGAGAACUGGAGCAGGCUCAGUUCAGCUUGGAACUUCUAAAAGUCCGCACCACCAGUGUGGAAACCCCUACUCAAGAAGAGGCGGGACCUCUGGAGGACCCCUGCAGACCUUCACCUCUCGGGUGUCUUGCUACCCGUGACACGUUUGAGCGGCUCUCUGUCGAGGAAAUGGAGACAGAAGGUUCAGCAGGUUUUGCACCUCAGGAACAAUCCUGGAUGGAUAGUCAAGCGCAAGAGCCAGUGAGGGAUUCGAACCAUAACGAAAAGCCCAAGGUGGACUCACCUUGCAGGACUGGGAGUCCAAGGGCAACUUUUUACUUUGCUUCUGAUCAAAGUCCAGUUCGAGAAGCAAAAUCUGAAAGCCCCAAUAAAUCUUACGAGAGAAGAGAGUCUGCAUCUCGAAGGCCUGUUGUGGUCUUGAUCAGUAUGCAGAAAGAGAGCCCUGUGGAAGAAGGAGCUCUGGUACCCCAAACUCCAGAAGGGGUGUCUCAACCAAAUUCCCCGUUGCCCCACAUUUCAGGUUUGGACGUCCAAUCCACGAUUGAACCGCCUCCGUCCUCAAGGACUACACCGCCCAAGCGGGACAGUUUUGAGAAAGGGAAGUCUUCUCAGGUGACAUCUUCAGCCCCGUGUUCAACGAGUCCAGAAUUGCAUGGGCUUUGCCCCUCAGAGGUGGGCUAUCACAUCACCUUGGAGACAAAACCCAGUCUUCCUCCAAUUCUCACGGUUCAGCAAGAGAGGAAUGCCGUGCCGCCCGGGCAGGCGGCUCAGAGCCCGGUCCUGGACACCAAACCACCCAAAGCCCAGAAGAAAAGUUCUGCGCAGACAGUGAUUGUAAACAUGACAGAGAAACCAUCAACCACCGUGUUCUCACCACCCAGACGCAAGCUGCCCUUUUCCAAGUCAGAUAAGGAUUUGGUCAACCAGGAAAGAUCCUUGUCCAUGUUCAGAGAUGAUCCCCAGUCUGCUGGAUCCAGAACCAGAGCGGAUUCUCACAAGGAUCAGAAGAAGAUCCAUAAAACAAUGUCGUCAGGAGACCUGGGCAAAGUGGAGGUGCUGAGGAAAACCUCCAGUCAGGAUGGAAGGAUGAGAGGGAAGAUGCGGUUCUGGAGUAAAACCAAACACAGCGAGAAAAAAGUCAUCCUGGACAAGGCGGCCAGCAGGGGCGAUGCUGGUGAGAUGCAUGAUGGCCCGUCUCCACCUCACAGUCCAGACCUGGAAGUCGUUCCUCCCGGGGGUGUGCGGGACAGUAAGGAGAACAAGGAGCCUUCUCCCAAGAUGAAACGACGGCGCAGCGUGAAGAUCAGCAGCAUUGCUCUGGAACCCACCCAGUGGCAGAACGAUGCACUGCACAUCCUCACCUCAGCCCACGACUAUCGCACCAUGAAUGACUUCCUCCUGAAGAAGAUCGCUGACCUGGAGAGUGAAAACGGGAAGAAGGACACCAUGGUGGACGUGGUCUUCAAGAAAGCGCUGAAGGAGUUCAGGAUCAACAUCUUCAACUCGUACUCCACCGCCCUGGCUAUGGACGACGGGAAGAGUAUCCGUUACAAGGACCUCUACGCCCUGUUUGAGCACAUCCUGGAGAAGACCAUGCGGCUGGAGCAGCGGGACUGGAGCGAGUCGCCCGUGAAGGUGUGGGUGAACACCUUCAAGGUCUUCCUGGAUGAGUUCAUGACCGAGUACAAGCCCAUGGAGGGAACCAUCGGCCGGGCUGCCAAGCGAGAACGCAAAAAGCCUCGCAAGAAAGAAACGGACAUCGUGGAAGAGCAUAACGGCCACAUAUUCAAGUCGACCCAGUACAGCAUCCCGACCUACUGCGAGUACUGCUCCUCCCUCAUCUGGAUGAUGGACCGAGCCUGUGUCUGCAAAUUGUGUCGCUACGCCUGUCACAGGAAGUGCUGCUCCAAGAUGGCCACCAAGUGCAGUAAAAAGUACGAUCCCGAGCUGUCGCCUCGUCAGUUCGCCGUGGAGCUUUCCAGGCUGACCAGCGAAGAGCGUGCCGUGCCCCAACUGGUGGAGAAGCUCAUCAACUACAUCGAGAUGCACGGCCUCUACACGGAGGGCAUCUACCGGAAGUCGGGCUCCACCAAUAAGAUCAAAGAACUUCGUCAAGGGCUGGACACAGAUGUGAGCAGUGUGAACUUGGACGACUACAACAUCCACGUCAUUGCCAGUGUGCUCAAGCAGUGGCUCCGCGACCUCCCCAGCCCGCUUAUGACCUUUGAACUCUACAAGGAGUUCCUCAGAGCCAUGGGCCAAGUGGACAAGCGGGAGGUGAUCCGAGGCGUGUACUCGGUCAUCGAGCAGCUGAGCCGCACACACCUCAGCACGCUGGAGCGCCUCAUCUUCCACCUGGUCAGGAUCGCACUGCAGGAGGAGACCAACAGGAUGUCGGCCAACGCGCUCGCCAUCGUCUUCGCUCCCUGCGUCCUUCGCUGCCCCGACUCCAUCGACCCCCUGCAGAGCGUCCAAGACAUCAGCAAGACCACUGCGUGCGUGGAGCUGAUCAUCAACGAGCAGAUGAGCAAGUACAAAGCUCGCCUGAAGGACAUCAACAGUUUGGAGUUUGCAGAGAGCAAAGCCAAGAGCCGACUGACGCACAUCAGGAGGUCCAUGAGCAAGAGCCGGCUACGCCAAAGCGCAACCCACGCGCAGUCGUCGCCGCCGCCGAGUCCGAGGGCGCCCCCCUUGGCCGAAGGAGAGAGCGCAGCAGGCGAGGAUCCUGCCGGGGCGGGUCUAAGCGAGCAGCAGCAGCUCGCCAUGCAGCAAGAGGAGCGGAUCCUCGCCGAGCAGAUCGAGAGUCUGCAGAAGGAAAAGGAGGAGCUCACGUACGAGAUGCUGAUCUUGGAGCCGCGAGCGUCAGACGACGAGAAUCUUGAAUCCGAAGCGUCCAUCGGUACCGCGGACAGCUCGGAGAACAUCACCAUGGAAACCGAGGGCGCCACCUCGGGACCUUCCGAGUCUGACACGUGUCGCUCCAGAAAGUCUGAGGCGAAGAGCCGACGAGCUCUUCGCCGCCAGGCCGACUCGCAGGACUCCACGGACUCCGCCUCCACCGCCUCGUCCUCCUGUCACCCCUCGUCCUCCGCCUCGCCGCCCCCCCACUACCGCUUCCGCUCCUCCUCGUCGGGGCCGCUGUUCGCCUCCUACGGCCUGGGGGCGGCGGCGGCCGAGGCGGACGGCGACCAGCGGGCCUGCAAGAGCCGCCACCGACUCCGGCUGAGCCGCAGCUCGCCGCGGGAGCCCUCGGGCGGCCACCGGAUGGAGCCGGAGUUCGGCUCGGCGCCCCAGCAGCUGGUUCUGUACGGCAGCAACGAAUUCAUGGUGUGACGGCGGGGCCGACGCCGCUGGUCCGAGUCAGGUAGACGGCGCCCCGGAUAGGUGGAGGGCGGGUUCUCGGCGCCAUUCGGUGGAGGCUGGUCACGGGGUGGCAUGCGCCCCCUCCUCAGCACCCUCGCCCCCCUCCUUCCAAGCAAGCACUGAGCCAGAGCGGUGUUUGACCCCACCACCCACCCACCCCCGCAAAGACCAAGACAGCUUGUGGGCGGGGUCACGAAGAAAUGUAGCCAUAACGUCUAAGCUAAGCUACGCUAAGCUAGCCCGCUUGUCAGGUUUACACACCAGCCAAGAUGCUGCAUGCUCGUCCUCGACACUUCCUGGUCCCGACCUGAUGAUUAUUGUUAUGAGGAUUAUGUUCCUGAGGAAUGGCAUGUACACAGGAAGUGUGUGAAGGGGGAUGGGGCUCCUCCUCCGCUCUUUUCCCAAAAUGUGUCAAAAUCAGGUUUCACUUUGGUUUCCGUGCUCUUUCCUUUCUCUCCUCGCUCGGUUUCCAUUCCAGGGAAACGUUUGACCCGUCCUCUCGUGCACUCUGGACGAGUCACAGCAGGAAGGAACCAAAAAAAAACAACAAAAAACAUUUCCGCUCGAUCAGUGUUACGACAUCAGGACUUGAAUUUUCUUGUUGCGUUGUCGCUGUAAAUUGUGCGUUUCGGUGUCUUGUUGAUGUUGGAUUAACACGGUAUGUGUGUGCGCGCAGGUUUUCUUCCGUUUGACUGCGUGAAUGAAGUAUCAGCUCUCUCUCACACGCACACACACACACACACACACACACACACACACACACACACACACACACACACACACACACACACACACACACACAGGUUUACAGUCCGGGCCAAUGGCAACAAGGUCAUAGCAGAGAUUACACAGCAAACAGAUGUGCAGACUUUCAACUUGAUUUAUUUACCAGGGGCGUCCAAACAUUUUCCUUGGGGGGGGGGGGGGGCGCAUAAUAAAAAAUCUAAAUAGAGGGGGGCACCUUGAUAUUUUUACUUUUUUUUUUUUUAUUUUGUAAAAAGGCAAAAAAAAAAAUAUUUAUGUGUAUUUAAAAAGUUUUUCAUUAGUAGCUUUUUCUCUCGAUAGUGCCUUUCUGCUGGGGUUAAUUUGACUUGUGCAAUGGACGUAAAUGCACUUUGGACACCCCCCAUGUAGGAAUUUUACAAAAGUACUCAGCCAAAUGGAAUAACAAAAUGAUGCUUGUUUUUCUUUCCUCGACAAAUGAGUCAUAUUUGAUGUUUUUCUGUCGCAAAGCUGAAAGUCUUCACAUCUUGAUUGUGUUAUUUUUCCCUCCCCUUCUGGGCCCGCCGAGCGACACUUGUAAUGCUUCUGGGUCAAAGUUCACAGCAUACACGUCGCCCAAAAUGACUUUUUUUGUUUCUUUUCUUGAGCUCAACUUCAAAAAGCUUCCACCCACUCCCAACUUUUUGUAGCAUUUAAGCAGAACCCAAAGCUGAUCUUCAUAUUUUGUCAAAGGAGAAAGACCAAAAGAAAAAAAGGAAGGCAUGUUCUGCUUUCUCCUUUUGGUUCCUCUUUUCUACACCGUGUACGUAUGGAAGUACUACUUUAUUUAUGGACAUGUAUACUGCAGUUCUGGCUUAUGAAGGAUACAUUAUCCUGUGUACGGUUCAUUGCCACGUCAAAGCCAGGAAAUAAAAAUAAAAUGGAAUAAAUAAAUACAAUUG